AUGGGCUUCUCCAACAUUUUCGGGAGUCAGAAGACGGCCCCCGACUUAUCAGCCGAUCCUGAAGCAAGCGACUCCGAACGCUCCGUCAUUCACGAUGGCGACCUUGCAUACACACGAGUCAAAGGCGGCAAUGGAUCCAAGCCUUCAUACCAAGAAGCCGUCGGUGCUCCUGUUGAGGCGAAAUCCCCCCUCGGAUACAAUGUUGGAUGGCUUACGGUUAUCUUCCUCAAUGUCAACAUGAUGGUUGGUACUGGUAUUUUUUCUACACCCGCCAGUAUCCUCAAUCGUGCGGGCUCUGUUGGCCUGGCACUUAUCAUUUGGGUCAUCGGAUUUAUCAUGGCUGCUUCAGGUUUCAGUGUGUAUCUGGAGCUUGCCAGUUAUUUCCCCAACCGCAGUGGCUCCGAGGUUGUCUAUCUUGAACAGGCCUACCCUCGACCCAAACAUUUCUUCCCUGUUACCUUUGCUGUUCAGUCAGUCAUUUUAUCCUUCAGCAGCAGUAACGCUGUCGUUCUCUCAAAGUACCUCUGGCGAAUGACUGGUGAGACUCCAACCGAGUGGCAGAUGCGCGGUGUUGCUAUAGCGGCUUAUACCCUCGCUGUCAUCUUUGUUAUCGCUCACAACAAGUACUCCUUGUGGUUGGUCAACUUCAUCGGUGCGCUCAAGAUCCUCACCCUUAUCUUCAUUAGCAUUGCCGGUCUUGUUGUUCUUGGUGGCAACAUCGACAGUAUCCCUGAUCCAGGCCAUAACUUUAGAAAUGCUUUUCAAGGUGCCACCCCUAAUGGAAAUGACCUGGCCAGUGCCUUGGUCAGUAUCGUGUUCUCUUACGCCGGAUACUAUAACGCCUUCAACGUUGUCAACGAAAUCCAAAACCCAAUUCCCACUCUCAAGCGAAACGGCACCGUCUCUCUUACAGUCGUUGCUGUUUUGUACAUGCUAUGCAAUAUUGCCUACUUUGCCGUCGUGCCAAAAGAAGAAUUCGCCGAAGCAAGUGAGACUGCCGCCUCUAUCUUCUUCUCUAAACUGUUUGGCGGUAGUGAGGCAGCUGCUAAUGUACUCAACUUCCUUGUUUUACUGAGUGCUUUUGGCAAUCUUCUCGCUGUCUUGGUUGGUUCCGCACGGAUGCUUCGCGAGAUUGGACGGCAGGGUGUUCUGCCCUUUACCAACUUUUGGGUCUCUACUAAACCCUUUGGAACACCGCUUGGCCCUUAUUUCCUCAAGUGGGUAUUGACCUUCAUCAUGAUUGUCGCACCCCCCGCUGGUGAUGCUUUCACAUUUGUUGUCAGUUUGGGAACAUACCCUGAUGCGAUGUUCCGGUUUGCUAUGGCCGUUGGUGUUUAUGUGCUUCGUCGAAGACGGACCAAGGCAGGCAUUGGACGAUCCGACUUCAAGGCCUGGCAUCCCGCCGUUAUAUUCUACACCCUCAUCCAGCUUUUUGUUCUUGUCAUGCCUUGGUAUCCUCCCAAGGGUGGCCCGUAUGCUGGUGAUGUCAGCUUCUGGUAUGCCACAUAUUGUGUUGUUGGAAUUGCAAUCGUUCUUGUGUGUGCAAUUUACUACGCCUUCUGGAUGUAUCUGUUGCCGAAGUGGAAAGGUUACAGUAUUCGCACCGAGAUCACCGAGGUCGAUGACAACGGAGCCAAUAGUCACCGUUUGGUCCGAGUUCCCAAUGUCGAUCUUGUCCAAUGGGAUGAAGAGCACGAUGAGGCUGGGAACCUUCGACAGAGGCCAAUCCUGGUUACCUCUUCUGAAGCCUCACUUAAAAGUUAA